AUGCUUAUUGCCGAAAUCACUGCGAUAGCCUUUAUACAGGCCGUGGAACAUAUCAAUGUCUCAAGAAAUAUACAACAACUGGCUACUUUACACGUGGCUGUGGAUGGUUAUGGCGCAAACGAUGUGUUACCGGAAGUAAAUGGAAAAUGGGGAAGCUGGAGUAGCUGGUCGCAAAUUUCCGGUUGUUCUGUUACUUGUGGCCAUGGAACGGAGAGGUUUAGACGAUUACGAAGCUGCAGUAAUCCAAGCCCCAAAUAUGGUGGACAAUCUUGCUAUGGCUACAAUUACGAUAAUGACUAUAAGAGAUGCUUUAGAAAAUAUUGUGAAGUUCAUGGCGGAUGGUCAGCAUGGGAUUCUUGGAAGCCUCAGGGCUCAUGUUCUGUGACUUGUGGAUCAGGAAUUCGAAAAUUUACAAGAUCUCGGUCAUGCACCAAUCCAGCUCCAAAAUACGGAGGAAGAAGUUGUAGCGGACAAAAAACAGAUUCUACGACAAGAUCGUGUUUUUCUGGCAAACAGUGUCCAGUUAAUGGUAGAUGGGGGAAAUGGACCGCGCUAAUGCCGAAGUCACCUUGCUCUGUAACAUGUGGGACUGGGGUACAGAUAUUCUACAAGAAAAGAGAUUGCAAUUCUCCUAAGCCGAGAUAUGGGGGCAAUAACUGCCGAGGAAAAGCACAACAAAAGUUAAGGAGGAAAUGCUCUACAAAUAUUGCUUGUCCAGAAAAGGAUUCUAUCACAUGCAGAGAAAGACAAUGUAGCGAGUUUGGUACGUGUAAAUGUUCUUUUGGCUUUUAUGGAGACGGAUUUACGUGUACAGGAAGCUUAGGAAAGAAGUUUUUGGUAUUGUUUAUGGAAAACGCAGUUGAUUACUUUAGCUACAAAGACCAUUAUUCCAGACUUUACAUCGCCUCUAGAAGAAAUUGCACAGCUACGUUAAGAGCAUCUUCCACGUUACCUACUAACAUGAAAGCAAAGGUUUCUAGAUCUCUUCAAGUGAGAGAAGGACAAACUAAAUUUGAUGUUCCAAUUAAAAUGCGAACGCUAGAUUUCAAACAAGAGAAGAAAGGGAUAAUUGUUGAGACAUCUGAGGUGGUUUCCCUAAUUGCUAUGAGUUACGAUGGUUAUUCCUCAGAUACGACACUCAUUCUCCCAGUAGAAAGACUUGGUCGUCGAUAUUUGAUAGGUUCCUCAGCCCCAUAUAACCCAGAUUCCUCUGACUAUAACAGUCAAGUUGCCUUUGUUGCUGCAGAGAAUAAUACAACAGUUUCUGUAACCUUCAACAUAGACGAUGGACACGUUCUUAAAUUCAAAAACAAAAAGUAUAAGACUGGUCAUAAAAUGACGUUUAACCUGAAUCAAUUUGAGGACUUCCAGAUAUCUCACAAUCGCGACCUAACCGGAACGAUAAUUGAAUCAUCGAAACCCAUUGCAGUAUUUGCAGGAAACAGAUGUAAUAAACUGAAGAGACACGGUUACUGCAGUCAUCUCGUGGAACAGCUUCCUCCUACUACUGAUUUUGACACAACAUUUAUAGUUCCCCCAAGCCUUCGAAGGAGUGGAGGCAUGAUUCGAAUCAUUGCGUUGUCCAGCACAAAAAUUAAGUACGAAAUCGACGGCGUGAAGGCAAAUAAAUCAUUGCAAAAAUCUCGCCAUAUUGAUAUCGAAGUGAAAGAUAAAAGCAUCACAGUCAUCAAGUCGGAUAAGCCCGUUUUGGUUCUUACUUUUGCCGUUCGAAUCAGUCGUCGAGGCGGUGGCGAUCCAUACAUGACAAUGGUACCCGGGAUGUCGCAGUAUAUUCAUCAAUACUAUGUGCCGAUUCCUAAAGGUUUCGAUGCCAAUUAUAUGACAAUCAUGAUUUCCUCUAAGGCCAAGAAGUAUCUGCGUCUCAACAAAAAACCGCUGUCGCCUGAUUCCUUUGUGUCAGAGAAAUCUGUGAAAGUUAAUGGAGUUGAUUAUCUUACCAUCGUCUUGAAAGUUUCAGGUGGUGCCCAUGAGGUUGAAGCAACAGAUGGAACAAGAUUCGGUUUAUUGAUCCAUGGACAAGGAAGAGAAGAUGGAUAUGGCUACGCAGGAAACGUUGUCCGCCCGGGCAUUGUGUGAAUAUUUGAAAUAAUUUUGU